GAUCGGGAGUGAAAUUCCUACGGCAUUGCUCCACGCGAAUUUACUACUUAAAUGCAUCCGCACUUGUCGCCACACACCAGUUGUUCACAACAAACAUUUCACACGUUUACUUCGAUUAGCUCUAGUUUUGCUGCCACAAUGCCCGUUCCGAUGCCAACAGCAUGCGACAACAGGAAGAGAAGACUCACCCGGUCGACCAGCUAUGCUGCAACCAAUGGAUUAAGAGAUCAGAAUACAAGGAUUGAAGAGUCAACAGUACAAGAAUCCGAUUUUAAACUACCAUUGACCCUGGACGCAGUUCGGAAGGAAAUGAACCGCUCCUACUACGAUCCCUCCCUCAUGGAGUCCGUUCUGAGGGUGCUGGAGGAUACGGGGGUUAUUUCCUCACACAACACCAAGAAACAUCUUGCCUGGAGAAGUCUCAAGAUUGACAUGCUAGCGAGUCUGACGUCUCCGAAUAGUACUAAGGACCACAUCCUCUGCUACGUCCUGUGGAUGGCACUGGUUUACACCAUAGACGAUAUCCGAGACAGAUUCAUUAUAGACGAUGAGGACUCUAUUGGGAAUCAUGCUAUGGUGCAAAGAUAUAUAGAGAUAGUACGAGAUACGAACGAUGACAUCUUGGGACUGGUGGAUGGGGACACUGAGGAUCUGCCCCCUCUGAAACACUUCAAACCCAACCAUGGAGUGGUUAAGCUAGCACGGUACCUGCGAGCCAAGUCUCUGGCGUGUCUGGACAGGAGAGCUUACGACGAAUACGUUUACCAGCUAGACGACCAUCUGAGAAAAGGAGUGACCUUCUGUACUCCUCACAUUUUCGCAAUGAAGGCUGGCAAACCAUUCCCCCUCUCUAUUGAGGAGUUUGAGGAACUGAGAAUGAAGGAUUCAGCUGGCGCUCUAUGUGUUUUUUUUGCAGGAGGCACGUCCUACGGACAGUGCGAGGACAGGAAAGUACUGGACAAGUGUCUUGACUUGGUCACACUUCACGCUGCCCUGCUGAACGAUAUCUUCUCGUACGAGAAACAGAUCUACCGUGAAAAGGACCGUUUCAACUACGUCUGCGCGGUGCAGGAGCUCCGACAGGUACCCUUUGACGAGGCUGCUCACCUGACAGUUGAAAGAGCAAACGAGUGUCUCUCAGACCACACCAGACUCUCAAAACUAGUGGACCCUGACGACCAAGCAGCACAACACAUUCUGGACACCCAAAGAAGAUGGUUCUCCGGCCACAUUGCCUGGGUUAAAGAAUGUGGCAGAUACAGCAGUCAGACCUCUCCAUUCAUGUUCCUGAGGACGGUGAAGUCCACCAUGGAUAGUAGUCUCUGCCCCGAGGAUUAAGCAGUGGUUAGUGUCCCUCCCCCAGGGACAUUUUUAUAGAGACUUGACAGAGAAUUCAGAGUUUUUAACAGAAUACUGUAGCAGUAUGGAUGAGAUGGACAGCGAAGACUGAAUAAGCAUGUUAUGUAUAGUUUAGGUUUUAUUUGACAAAACGAUUUAUUUAAACUCUUGUGUAUCUUGAUAAUUGAUAUUUCACGCCUUUAUAUUUCAAUAUGACGUCGUAAAGGUUCAAAAGUUUACCCACAACAGUUGAACUAGAUUUUGAAUUUACAGCAGUUUUUAGUUUUUAUUUUCUUAUUAAUCUGAGACAAGAUGGUAGAUCCAUAAUUUUAAGUUUUACAUUAAGAAGCUAAAUUUUCGAGAAGCUGCAAGAGAAGCAUGUUUUUGAGCACAGACCAGAGCUAGCUGAUGAUUAGGUGACUUUUUAAUUGUAAUCUGACGAUUUAUAGGUCACUAGAGUAGUCGAUAGUCAUUAGAUUAGGCACUAGAGUAGACAUUACUUAGAUUAUUCCUAUUUCCUCAUAAUGCUUCAACAUUCGGCUUUAAAUAACUUAAUUCAGAUGAAAGAAUUUGUGGAAUUUGAAGAGAAAAGGUGCUGGAUUGAAUUGAAAUUGGAAAACUUUAACACUGAAAAUUUCAUGCAAUCUGGAUUAAAAAUGAAUUGCUAAUUUAUCUGAAGUUGUUUUUUAUCUAAAACCAUUUUUUCUUCUUGAUUCAUUUUAAAUCUGAAGAACUUUAACUAGAAUUAAGUAUUUUGUUCAACCGUGACUUGUGACAAUAUUGCAGACAAGGUUUAGUUUUAUAUUCUCACUAUUUAUAAGCUUUAAUCUUUACGAUAGGUUUAAAGCUUGGUCUGCAAUUGCAAAGUCUGUAAAAUCAUGAACUGUAUUUGUAAAAUACCGUAGAUUUAGAACG